GUUGGCAACGCUGAAUCUUAGUAACUGUUAAAUGCGAUUGUUUACUUUAUUAAAAAUCGCUUCCGAAAUUUCAACGAGCAGUUAAAUUCUUGAAAUUUAUUGUUAAACUCAAUUGUUGAUCAGUUCUUUGGCUUCGUAGACAUGUCGCAGCAAUUUGAUAUUAACUGUGAUUCUCUAAUUGAGAUAGCGCCCAGUGAGUGGAUCAAUUUACUCAAUCUCUAUGCGAAGAAAAAAACGGAAUCUUCUGGAUAUUCGUUAAUAAGCAAUUACAUCAAAUGGAAAGGCAAAGAACCCGAUCUCGAUAUUCAGUGUUUAUCACUAAACGGGGACUGGAAAGGGGACGGCACGUUUCUAAUGAUUGUUGGCAAUGGAACCCAGCGGAAAAUGGUGUUUUUUAAUACCCUAAGCGAGAGUCUAGAGCGCUUGACCAAGGCGCUGCUCUGUUUGCCAUCUGGAGCUGUGGAAUAUCUACUGCAUGACUAUGGACAGCGUCUUGUGCCGGCAGUCGAUGCCUAUAUCAAAAAAUGUGCCAACCGACAGCUGCAAACAACGCAAACAGCUUGGUAUAAUGCCAGCAAAGAACUUGUUGCUACCUUUUCAACCGAACCGCCUGCUGGAAUUCAGUUGCGCAGCUUGAAUACUGCCGAUGCUACGACCAUAAAUGAGAACUGGCCCUACGGUUCCAAGGAUUCUGUUCAGUUUGUCAAACGUCUGAUAGACUACAAUGUUUCAAUUGGUGCUUAUGAUGCCCACGGCAAAUUGGUAGCCUGGUGCUUAAGAUUGCCAAUUGGUGCGCUGGGCCUGCUGCAAGUCCUCGAAUCCCAUAAGCGCCUCGGCCUGGGCAGUUUGAUGCACAGUUCUAAUGACAAGGCAGAUGUUUUCUUUAAUACGUUAAAUGGAUCGUUGACUGAACUGCAAGCGCUGCUCGGUUCCUUAAAACUAAACAGCAGACAUUGGUUUUGCGGCUAUAGACAUCUUUUGAAAAAUAUUGUGGACAAAUAUUGUGUGGAAAGGCGUUUAAAACUAACGAAAUUGGAGCAUUUAGAAACAUUUGUCUAUUAUUUACCACAAUCGGCGUUUCAACCAUUUGAUUGCCGCUUAAUUGCAGAUAUCAGUUUCGGUCCCUUGGACAUCAAACAUGCAUCUCAAGUGGAUGAACAUUGGCCCCACCGUUCAAGUGAUUCCCUAGCAUUGAUCAGCGAUCGUAUUAGAAAUUAUGUCAGCGUAGGAGCCUUCGACAGGGACGGUCAGUUGUUGGCUUGGUGCUUGAGAUCCUCACAAGGCGGCCUUAGCAAUUUGCAUGUCCUGCCCCCUCACAGACGUCUUGGACUGGCUUCUUUGCUGGUGCGUUUUAUGGCUCAAGAAAUUGCCGCCACGGGCGCUGAGGUUUUAGCCACAAUUGCGUUUGGCAAUAAGAUAUCACAAAUAUUUUUUGAAAAGCUAGGAUUCAAGCUCAUUGAUAAUAUAUAUUUUACCACGGUGCCGGCCCUCUGACCAAAAGUUAUACAACUCAAAACCAAUUAGUUUUUAAAUAUGCAUAUAAGCGAGAUAUAUAGAUGCUUGAUAAAACCAAGAACAGCUCUGAGCUGGCGGGCACAGAAUAUUUUCAGAGCACUUGGUAGCUUAAGCUAAUCUUUUUAAUAAAUCUUAUUGUGAUCAGCAAACUU